AUGUUUUUUUGUGAGACAUAUGUUUCAGGGAACUAUUCCCGCCUCAGUGCCUACUUCACAUUCAAACGUAACCUCGGCUUCUACCUCAUCCAGAUCUACUUCCCAUCAUCGCUUAUCGUUGUCAUUUCAUGGGUAUCCUUUUGGCUCAACAGGGAAGCUGUACAAGCCAGAGUUGCUAUCGGUAGGUGUCACCACGGUGUUGACAAUGACCACAUUGAUGACAAGCACAAAUGCGAGUCUUCCAAAGUCUGCCUAGCAUUACAAUCAUGCUAAAA